CUUCAACCAUGACUGGGGCUAAGAAUGAGGGUAGAAACAAAGCCAAAACUCAAAAACGGGCCAGUUUACAACCUGAAGCAAAGAGGGAGGCUACUGGCAUAGUCAGACCUGUAGCCAAGACCCAGGACAAAGCAAUAGCCAAGCCAGGGUCUCAAGCUGAUGCAGCGGCAGCCAUGAAGGCAAAGUCUAAGAACAAGAUUGUUACUGAGAGAAAGGAAAGAGCCCUGGCAGAUUUCAGUCCCAAAGCUAGAGAUGAGGCCACUAAAGUAUCUGGGAUUUGUUCUGUGGCUGAGGCUAAUGCUGAGACCAAGUCCACAUGUAAAGAUAAGGCUGGUAUUGGUACCUGGUUUUGGACUGGGGAAGAGGCUAAUGUUGGUUCCUGGUUUUGGGAUGGAGAAGAGGCUAGUAAUCGUUCGAGUGCUAAGGAUGAAGGUAAAGCUGGUAUUGGUUCCCCAUCCUGUGCUGAAAAGUUAGAGUCUGUGGCUGAGGCAAGCUGCAAAGCUAAGCAAGGGACUGAGGAGGAGGAGGAAGAAAACGUUAUUGGAAACUGGUUUUGGGAUGGAGAUGAAACUAGUUUUGACCCUAAUCCUAGACCUGUGAGCAGGAUAGUUAGGCCCCAGCCUGUGGAUGAAAUUAAUGAAAAAAAUAGGCCUAAGGACUGGUCUGAGGUAACUAUCUGGCCUAAAGCCCCUGCUGUAACUCCAGCAGUGUUAGGAUUUAGAUCCCAAGUCCCAUUUGAGACAAAGCCUCCUUCAUAUAUUGUCCUGGCCUCAGCUGAGGAAAAUGCCCAUUCUUUGCCUGUGGCGACAACAUGCCCUUCUAAGAGCACUACUUCGUGCUCACAGCCUGUCCCAGAGUACCCAUUUGGUUCUGACCCUUGCAUCCAGACCAUAGAGGAGAUUAGACGCCAAAUCAGGAUCAGGGAAAUGAAUGGGAUUAAACCAUUUGCUUGCCCUUGCAAAAUGGAAUGCUACAUGGAUUCUGAGGAAUUUGAAAAACUUGUUACCUUACUUAAGUCAACUACUGAUCCUCUCAUUCAUAAAAUAGCUCAAAUUGCAAUGGGGAUCAUUAAUGUUCACCCCUUUGCCCAAGAGUUUAUUAAUGAGGUGGGUGUCGUGACGCUUAUUGAAAGCUUGCUCAGUUUUCCUUCCUCUGAAAUCAGAAAAAAGGCCAUAAUUACUCUGAAUCCCCCUUCUGGGGAUGAGAGACAACGCAAGAUUGAAUUACAUGUUAAGCAUAUGUGUAAGGAAACCAUGUCUUUUCCCUUGAACUCACCGGGACAGCAAUCUGGAUUAAGGAUACUAGGGCAACUGACUACUGAUUUUGACCAUCACCACAUUGUUGCCAAUUACUUUUCAGAGCUUUUCCACUUGCUAUCCUUGGGUAAUCGUAAAACCAGAAAUCUUGUUUUAAAAGUACUUUUGAAUAUGUCUGAAAAUCCAGCUGCAGCCAGAGACAUGAUCAAUACAAAGGCCUUAGCAGCUUUAAAACUCAUCUUUAACCAGAAAGAGGCAAAAGCCAAUCUCGUUAGUGCUGUGGCCAUAUUUAUUAACAUAAAGGAGCAUAUCAGAAAGGGUUCAAUUGUAGUUGUUGAUCACAUGAGUUAUAAUACGCUGAUGGCCAUUUUCCGUGAAGUUAAAGUAAUUAUUGAAACAAUGUAAAAUGAGCCAGAAAUAAGAUAAAAAGUAAUAAUAAUAAUAUUAGUCUUUGAACAAUCUCCGAAGUCUAAUAGGCUGGCUCUUCCUAAAGAGCCUUGCAUAAUGUUUUAUUACAGUAUGUACAUUAUAAAUUACAUCUUUAACAUGAUGUUACCUGCGACAGUCUCUAGGUUUGAGCCAGACCAUUUUUGAGAUACCAAUGAAUAUUGCAUUGUAACCUGAAAACAUCUGUUGAUUUUUAUCUUGGGAUUUUUUUUUUAUCUUGUGUAGAUGGGUAACUUUAACAUUUUACUUAAGAUAGUGAACCAGUUCAUCUUAAGUAGGCUAACUUGUUCAUUAAUGUUUGCUUAAAUGCAUUUGUGGCUUCAAGUGGCAAAAACCGAAAAAAAUACUGAAUAUGUAAUCUCAUUGCAGAAAUAAAGCAUAUGUACACAAAAAGAUAACUUACAGCACUCCCAUACAUCCAUACACCUACACAUUCAUUGCUGAAUGUGCACUCAACAUGUAAAGAAGGCAGGAGUUGCUGUAGGCUGUUUGAUAUAAGAGGAAUUACUAUUUUUCACUUAUUCUACCUUCAUCAGAUAACUCAUGGUAGAAAUUACAACUGCUGAUGCAAGCUGAAGAGAAUGUCUCAGUGUGUGAAAAUAUUAGGUUAUAUGCUUUGAGGUUUUUCAAUAGUUAAGAAACUAAAACAAGAUCAUACUGUAAGUACUGUUUGUAACUUGCUUUCCCCCCCAACUGUAUAUUGUAUCUUUCCAUGUCAAUAAAUGUGCUUCUGUAACAUAUUUUUGAAUCAUUU